CCGGAACUUCAUAAAAAAAAAAGAUAAAGUAUAAAAUGGCAACGCUUGCACCAUUAAAUCUAAGAAAGCAAAAAAAAGCGGUGAAAAACGGUAUUUCUGUCGAGAUUCCAGAGAAUUUUCAAAGUGUACUUUGUAAAUUUAAAGCAUUAGAUGGAACAAGUAGUAUAGGGUCUACAUUGAUUCCAGGGAAUAUAUCAAUAAGAGAUCUUGGAAAACUUUUGAAUAAACUGUUAAAUAAUAACGAACAAAUACCAUAUAUAUUUUCAGCAGAAAUAGAAGGAAAAUGGAUAGAAAUAAAGGAAAAUUUAUAUUCAUCAAUAUUUCAUAAUAAUUUAAAAUCUACGGAGGAUGAAUUAACAUUGAUAUAUAUACCACAAGAAAAUUUCCGUGUUCGAGCUAUUAAUCGAUGUACAGCAACAAUAAGUGGACAUGAUAAGGAAAUUCUUUGUGCACAGUUUUCACCAAGGAGUAGUUCAUAUUUUUCUACAGGAAGUGGAGAUGGAAAUGUUAGAAUAUGGGAUUGCGAUACGGGGACAGCAAUGCAUACUUUAAAAGGACAUUGUAAUUGGGUUCUUUGUGUAUCAUGGUCUCCUGAUGGAAAAUUAGUUGCAUCAGGAAGUAUGGAUAAUACAAUUCGAUUAUGGGACCCUGAAAAAGGAAAAAAUAUUAAAGAAGCAUUUAAAGGUCAUACAAAAUGGAUAACAUCAUUAUCAUGGGAACCUAUACAUUUAUCAACAGAAAAUUCAUAUCGUCUUGCAUCAUCAUCUAAAGAUACUACUAUUAAAAUAUGGGAUAUUAAUUUAAGAAGUGUACUAUUAACAUUAUCUGGUCAUAAAUCGAGUGUAUCGUGUGUAAAAUGGGGUGGAAAUGGAUGGAUUUAUUCAGCAUCUCACGAUAAAACAGUAAAAAUUUGGGAUGGAAAGACUGGAAAACUUUUACAUACGUUAUUAGCUCAUGCACACUGGGUUAAUACUAUGGCAUUAUCUACAGACUUUGUUUUAAGAACAGGCGCUUAUGAUUAUACUGGAGUCAUACCAUCAUCUUUUGAAGAAAUGAAAUCAAAAGCAAAAAAAAGAUAUGAUGAAAUCAUUGCAUUUGGGGGAAAUAAAGGAGAGAGAUUAGUUACAGGUAGCGAUGAUUUUACUAUGUAUUAUUGGAAUCCAGAAGAAUCUAUUAAACCAAUUAAAAGAUUGACAGGUCAUCAAAAUCUAGUUAAUCAUGUUUCAUUUUCACCAAACGGGCAAUGGAUUGCAUCUGCAUCAUUUGAUAAUUCUGUAAAAAUUUGGAAUGGUUUAACUGGAGAAUUUAUUGUAACUUUAAGAGGACAUGUUGCAUCUGUAUAUCAGUGUUCAUGGUCAAAUGAUUCUAGAAUGCUUGUUAGUUCAUCAAAAGAUACGACAUUAAAGGUAUGGGAUAUACAUGAAAAAAAAUUAAAAUGCGAUUUAUUUGGACAUGCUGAUGAAGUAUUUGCUUGUGAUUGGAGUCCAGAUGGUAUUCGAAUAGGGUCAGGUGGAAAAGAUAGAGAUACUAAAAUAUGGUCUUUUUAAAAUAAUGUUUCAAAUAAUUAAGAAUAUUAAUCACUGUAA